GACAGAUAUUUCUGGUGGGCGCCCAUGUCUCUCUCCCGCCCCGCGUGGCCUUCAGGGCCUGCCUGGCCGCUCUCCUCAGAACCGCCUCCUCAGGACCCCGCUGCGGCGUCACCCAGCAGCAAGCGGCGUCGUCUGAAGGAGCCUGACGGCGUCUGUGAGGCGGGAUGGCCACUGCUUGUGGUGCCUCGCUUGUCUGAGGUAGAAAAAGUCUGGGAGUGGUCGCCCAGACCCUUCACAGCGUUCCUCAUUCCAAAGAGCCCCGGGAGCUCAGGCGGUGGGAGGCAGCGGUGUGACCCGGGAUGUGGAGACACAACAUUCCAGACACAGAACUGUUGGCAGUCUGGAAUCUCAGGAAGAGCAGUUUGUUCGAGGGCUCCAGGAAGGUCUUGUGAAGCAGGACUGAAGGACGGGGAGGGUGUGUACCUUGGUGACCAAGCAGAAGUGAGUCAUGCUCCACCCAAUACCCUCAUGCCCCAUGUCCAAGGAGUUAAACAGGAGUCUGAAGAACUUCCUGAGAAGGAAACUAUUCUGAAAGAAAAGAAUUCUGUGGCGAGACAGCCAAGAAACCCAUUUCUGGAUGUAACGUUUUCUGAGGAAACUAAGUCAGCAUUACAUGAAAUUAAGGACAGAUGUAAAGUUGACAGUGUUAUAACCUCAGAGAAAAGAGAAAACGUUUCAUCAUCUACACUAAAAAUACCAAAAAUUCAAAACCAGGCCUGCUUGGAAAGUGCCAAACCCAGCUAUUUUAGAGAUAGCAUCACAAAAAAUUUCCCUGAGUUUCCAAGGGAUUUAAAUAGCAACAUGUCCUUUGUCUAUUUAAAGGAAGUAGCAAAGAAAAAGAAUGACAAAAUUGUGGCAUAUGUUAGGGAUUUCACAAACAUUUUCUUGUCCCAAAAUAGACCUGAUGCUAAGAAACAAAAGUUACAGGAUAAAAAAUACGUACAUGUGGAAAAUGAUUUUUCUGACUAUUCUGAAAGUAACCACCAGUCACUCACAAUUGAAGGGAAAAUAGACUUGAUCAAUUUAAACUACUAUCGGCAUGGUAGUAUCGAGUGUGAUGUAAGAGACUCUAAAAAGAACAUCACUCUCACACUAGAAAAUGCAAAUUUGGAGGGAGCAGAAAGGAAUCAAGACUAUUACAUACCUACCAGACAAAAAGAAUCUCAAAGCCCAAACUAUAACAAAUCUAUUUUGAAAAGAAAACAGCAAAAUUGGAGAAUGAAAAAAUUUAGGAUUAUUUAUGAGAAUAUGAAUAAACACGGAGAACAUUUGAAUUUGGCGUUAUGCGGAGACCUUUUACACAAGGCAGAUUAUCACAGUGUGAAAGUCAGGAAUGUAAUGAUAGGAACUCUGGGUUCUCCCCCCAAUUUAAUAAAGGUUGUUUGGUUUAAUGGUAAAGGCGAAAAUAUCAAUAUGCUACAGCUGAGAUACUAUACUCUACAAAAGUACAUUUCAGGAAAUAAAGAAGAUAGUACUUUAAUCUGCCAUGAAAUGUCAACAUGUGAAAAGCAGAUCGAUACUCAAAAGAGUGGCGUUUUGAGCAAAUAUUUACAAAAUAGUAUUUCAGAAUUCUUAAAUAUGAUUCUGAAAACCAAUACAGUUUCUUUGCUCGAUAACUUUGAUUCUUUCAUAAGAAAUGCAGGUGACGGGGAAUCAGAAGAGGGUUGUAUUUUCAAAUAUAUAGUGAAUUUGAAUUAUUUGAAAAAUAUAAUACAGGAAAGACAUAUUGUGUAUCUAACAAAGAUGUUGACUUCUUCAAGGCUAUUAGAACAUAAUACAAAAUCUACAGUUAAGAAAAGGAAGCUAUUUAAAAUGGAACAUGUUCUUGAAUGGGCUAAGAAACAAAACAUCAAUUCUCUUACUAUGACAACUAAAAAGUUUCCAGUUUACAAAGUAUGUGAAAAUGUUCCCCUUUUAAUGAAUUUUGAUAGCACAGAAGAACUUUCUCUGACAAAACAACCUAGUUAUGAGAAUACAAAUUGUGCUGAACAACUCCUAAAUAUGGGAGAUUUGGCUUAUUAUAUGUUUGGUAUUAGCAACUCACAUGUGAAGUCUGAUCUUUUAUUUAUACAGAAUAACUGUGGACAUAUUAAUGAAAAAUAUUAUGAAAGUAGUAUGUGUAGUCAAGAUUUAGAUACUGAAAGAAAAUGGAAGCAUAAGGCCAUUCACUUAAUUUUUAAGUUCAUAUUUGAAGAUGUCUUUAAUGUUAGACAACUGUGCAUGUUGUUAAGCCAAAAUACAUCACACAGUGACCAGAUUAAUGCAAUGGCCAUAACUCUGAAGAUCAACUUGGAGGAUUUGUUAAGUAAAAUAGAAGGGAAAAUAUAUGAUUUUGUUUUGAAGAAAGAAAUGAAGGUCACAAAAAGUUCAAGUAGUUGCCAAGUUCAUAAAGCUAUUGACACAAAGAAGCAAGAGAGUAGUUUUCUCCCAAUGGACAGAAUGUCUUCAGUGCAGUCAGCUUCGCUAGUGAGUAAGAGCAUAAAUAUGGAAGAAACUAAAUCUGUUAAUCAAAAUAAUGGGACUAGCGCAAAAGAGGAUGGAGGUAUUUUGCAAGAAAUUGAGCUAACUAAUUCAAAGCAUUUCCAUCCAGAGAAUGAGUCUGCAUUGUAUGCUAAUCAUCAGUUUGAAAGUGAUUCAAGUGGGGAGAACAAUGAAUGUUUUCAGGGCUUAACUGCUAAAUGUUUAUCAACAGAAACUCUGCCAAUAGCAAACGAGUUUGAGAUAAAGAGCAAGUUUGAUUUAGUACUUGAAGAACUUCGUAUGUUUCAUGAAAUUAGUAAGGAAAAUGAAAUUCCAAGUACCAUGGAAACACACAAUAGGGAAGAAAAUUACUUUGGAGAAAGUAAUGAUGUUAAGGAGGCAAGAAUGGAGAUAGGAAACAAACUGGAAAUGGUUGAAACCAGCACAAGAGAUACAUCUUUAUUGCCUUGUGAUGUGAAAGCAGGCCUCAACAAACAUAAAAGGCACCAAAGUUUAUUUAAUUGGAAAGUAAUACCUACUCAUGGCGGACAGGCAGUUCCCAAUGAGUCUUGUCCAGGAUCAGAGGAAGAAUUAUUCCAUUCUACUCCUGAGGAAGAUUAUAAGAAACCUUUACCUAAAAGCUCUACUUUUUCUCCUGAUGAAUAUAAAAAAGAAACUUUACUGAAGGGAGGCAGUCAUGUCUCGCAUGGGAUUUCCAGAGUACAGCCUCUUAAAACAUGCAGCCGUCCCAUUAGGGUUGGCUUGUCAAGAAGAGCUAGGCUGAAACAGCUUCAUCCUUAUCUGAAAUGAAUGAGUUAUAAGGACUUACAAGAAGCUUCUGGACUAUAACAGUUCAGCAUAUCUAGGAAUGCUUUAUAUUUUGCUUUGUAUAAGUGUUUUCCUUUAGCUUGCAAAAUUUGCGCUUUUUUAAAAAAUAAAGUACAGAGAGGUUCUUUUGUGUAUAAAUUAUUUAAUUGACUUUAAAAGAAAACUUUUCACUGAUAUUUCAUGUCAUAUGAUCAAUAUACACAUUAAAGUAUUUUCAUGAUCACUUAAA